AUGGCCACGAAUCAGCAUCGAAGUAAAUCUAAACAUACUAAUGUCAAUAUUCGUGUUUUAAUUCAAUAUUUUCUCUUUCAUUUAGAAGCAUCCAAUGAUAAUAAAAACCAACAAUCAGUGAUGAUGAACAUGAGAAUAUCUAGCUAUAAUGAAAAUACAACAGAUGAUGAGCAAGAGCUGGAGUCUUAUUAUGAAGCAGAUCUUAAGACGGUAUUUGAUGGUUCUGUUUUAGGUUGUGCAAUUGUAUAUCAAAAAAGACCAUCAGAUGGAGUUCGUUCAGAAGCCGCAAGAUUAACUCGUGACUCGUAUUUUGGUGCGGUUACUUUGUUUUUGAAUGUUCCAAAUGCAGCUACUGUAGUAGCUGAAGGACAUUUGACAUGUGCUGGAUUGAAUGCUGAUAGUCUUGAACAUUUAGUUAAACCUGUGAUGGAUUUUUUGAAGUAG